AUGGCGGCGGUGGCGGCGGCGGCGGCAGGGGCGGCGUGCCGCAGGGCCGUCUCGUACACCCUCCUCGGACCGCCUGCUGAGAGCCUCUGCGCUGCAGCUGCGGCGGCCACCGCGGCUGCGCCCGCUACUGGCGAUCAGUUCGUUGACCUGCUCGACGCCAACUUCAACAAGCCGCCCCCGACGCCACCGGCGAAGACGCGCACCGAGAACAACUCACCGACGUUCUCCACCUCAGGGGACCCCUGCCUGGACUUCUUCUUCCACGUCGUCCCCGGCACCCCGCCGGAGUCCGUGUCCUCCCUUCUCGCCGACGCCUGGGCCAAAGAGCCGACCACCGCACUCCGCCUCGCCUGCAACCUUCGCGGCGUCGGAGGCACGGGCAAGUCCGACAGGGAGGGCUUCUACGCCGCCGCGCUCUGGAUGCACACCUGCCACCCGGCCACACUCGCCCUCAACGCGCGCUCCGUCGCCGAGUUCGGAUACCUCAAGGACCUCCCCGAGCUCCUCCACCGCAUCAUUCACGGCGGCGUCUCCACCAGGACCCCCGGAAAGCAGGCCGCCCAGAAAGGUGGGAUCGUCGCUGGCUUACACCGCUCACCAUCAUCAGGUACGCCGCAUCGCUGGAAGCCGAGCCUCCCCGCGAGCACUAGUGACGCGCGCGUCGCUGCGAGUAAUAGGCGCGACCAGGAGAUCUCCGCCCAGGCCGCCGUCGAGCGUCACAAGAAGCGCGCGGACGCCGCGGCCAGAGCCGUCGAGAGGUACGCCCGGGACCCCAACUACCGCCUUCUGCACGACAUGACGGCGGAUCUGUUCGCCGACCUCCUCGCCGAGGACAUGAAGAAGCUAUCGGAGGGCAAUCUCGAUCUCUCGCUCGCCUCCAAGUGGUGCCCGUCGGUCGACACCUGCUACGACUACUCCACACUGCUCUGCGAGGCCAUCGCUCGCCGCCUCUUCCCCAAGGGCUCGGCGCCCCAGCUCCCAGAGGACUUGCCGGAUGCGCACUACGCCUACCGCGCGCGCGAGCUCCUCCGCAAGGAGGCGUACGUGCCGCUGCGCCACGCCCUCAAGCUCCCCGAGAUCUUCAUCUCGGCUCGCGAAUGGGGGAAAGUGGUGUACACGCGCGUGGCCUCCAUCGCCAUGAAGAACUACAAGGACCUCUUCCUCGAGCACGACAACGCCCGCUUCAGCCAAUACCUCGCCGACGUCAAGUCCGGUAAGGUGAAGAUUGCGGCGGGCGGCCUGCUGCCGCACGAGAUCCUGGCCACUGCCCACAUAGACAAUGAAGUGUCCGAGCUGCAGUGGCAGCGUACUGUGGAUGAUCUGUUGGCCUUUGGAGAGCUCAACAACUGCCUUGCCGUGUGCGACGUGUCGGGCAGCAUGCGCGGCGAGCCGAUGGACGUCUGCGUCGCGCUCGGCCUCCUGCUCUCGGAGCUCUGUGACGAACCGUGGCGCCACCGCGUCAUUACCUUCAGCAGCCGGCCACAGCUGCACCACGUCGAGGGGGAGACCCUUUGGGAGAAGUGCCAGUUUAUCCGUCAGAUGGACUGGAACAUGAACACCGACUUCCAGGCGGUGUUCGACCAGCUCCUACAGGUAGCGGUCGCCGGCAACCUGCCUCCGGAGCGCAUGGUGAAGAAGCUCUUCGUUUUCAGCGACAUGGAGUUCGACCAGGCGUCCUCCAGGCCGUGGGAGACGGACUACGAGGCGAUCACGAGGAAGUACUCCGAGGCCGGGUACGGAGAGGCCGUGCCGCAGAUUGUCUUUUGGAACCUGCGCUACUCGUACUCGGUGCCGGUGACGGCGGAGCAGAAGGGGGUGGCGCUGGUCAGCGGCUUCUCCAAGAACAUGCUCAAGAUAUUCCUCGGCGGCGCAAACAUCCCAACGCCGAGGGACGUCAUGGAUAAGGCAAUCUCCGGGCCGGAAUACGAGAAGCUCGUCGUGUUCGACUGA